AGCCUCCUGUCAACAGAUGUUCUUCUUUUCCCUGCUUUCCAAGGCCAAGAUCUAACUUUGUCUUUCGCUUCUGAGCAACUUUGGAAAUCCUGCCACUAUGGUUAGAUAAUAUCCAGCCUUUCCUCCACCGUACGGGAAAUCUGCCUUCACAGUAAUUUACUUAAUGCUCCCCCCACUCCAUUCCAUUCUACUCCAGUCUAUCAAGCAGGCCAGUCCUGUGGCUAGCCUGUUGUUCUGAUCCCAGGGAAACCAGCUGUCUGGAUAGCAGACAGCCCUGACGGUUGUCCCUUCUGUCAACAUCCUUGUUGGCAUCCUGGGAAAAUGCCUUGGUGCCAGGCAGGCCCACCUCCCUGGCGAUGAAGAGAUUAAGGGUUGUUGCUUUCCUUCUUAAAGCGCCCGGCCCAAUCUCCUUCGCUUCAUUCUGCGGCAGAGGGAGGCAUCUGCAGAGCCUUGGCUUACCCACCUUCAGCGGAGAUGGAGUGGGCUCCCAAGCUGUUGCUUUUCUGUGCUCUCUGCCUCUCCUUGGCCCUGGAUGCUAACCCUGCAUCGAAAGAGCAAAGCAGAGGAACAAAAGGAAGAAGGAGAGGCUCAGCCAAAGUCAGGGAAGAACAUCUGCGGGCACAGGAAUCCUCGCCUGACCCUGUGCUGAGGGUAAAUCUGGGGGCCCUCACCGACUACACCUUUGUGGAGGAUUAUGAGCGGAGCAUUCAGGAGAUGGUUAACCAGCUGCAAAAUAGCUCUGAGCUGCUGAACAGCAAAUGCCAGGUCAAUCUGAGACUCUGGAUGUCGAACAAGAGGAGUUUGUCUCCAUGGGCCUAUAGGAUAAACCAUGAUGCAUCCCGGGUUCCAGUUGACAUCCCAGAGGCACAUUGUCUGUGCGCAGGGUGCAUCAAUCCCUUCACCAUGCAGGAAGACCGCACCAUGGUCAGCAUUCCUAUCUAUAGCAAAAUCCCAGUGCGACGGAUGCUGUGUGAGCCAAGUAAGCCUCACAGGAAGAAGAAAAAGUGCCACAAAGAAUACAAGAUGGUUAUGGAGACCAUUGCUGUGGGCUGUACUUGCAUCUUCUGAGGACCCAGAAGGAAGGGACUUCCUGCUCUUAUGGAUGAAGUACUAUUUUUGCUCUUCUAAACCGCUCUGUUCUUUUGCCAAAUGACGAAACACCAAUGUACUUUUAGAUAUUGAAGUCACUGCAGUGGCGCAGUGGUUAGAGUGCAGUACUGCAGGCUACUUCUGCUGACUCCUGGCUGCCUGCAAUUUGGCAGUUCAAAUCUCACCAGGCUCAAGGUUGACUCAGCCUUCCAUCCUUCUGAGGUGGGUAAAAUGAGGACACAGAUUGUUGGGGGCAAUAGGCUGACUCUGUAAAAGGCUUAGAGAGGGCUGUAAAGCACUUUGAAGUGGUAUAUAAGUUUAAGUGCUAUUGCUCAGCUCACAUCUCUGCAUUACCUUCAAGAAGGCUGGCAAUAUAUAUCUAGCAGGCAAAUUACUCAUUAAUGCUUUAGGUCCAGUUUAAACAGUUCAAGCUACUUUGCUAUGAUGCUAUAGCCACAGUUCCCACUUCCUUUUUUUUUCCUUAUCUGGCAUCCUUGUUUGCUUAGGAAUUUAGAGAAAAAACAGAUUAUUGGUUAAAAUGUGUAUCUAUUUUCAGGCCUUCAGACUGGUGGCAAUUUAGCUUAUAAAGGUGAGUUUGGACCGAACCUUUACAGAUGAAUCACUAUAUAGAUCAGUAUGUCAUUGUCUGUAUGUGUGUUCAAGUUAGUCUUUAACUUUUGGCAAAUAUCUGGACAAUUCCAUAGAGUUUUUCUCUGCAAGAUUUUCAUAAAUGGGUUUGCCAUUACAUUAUUCCUAGAGCUGAGAGAGUGACUGGCCCAAGUUGGCUUCAUAUAUUCAAAAAAUACCUUUCAGAGCAUCCUUUUUAGACAGUAUUGGGACACUGAGUAUAGAACACUUUGGCAUAACUAACUAGCUGGGUUCACACUUUGUAGAGUUCAUAUGUCUGAUUUCCAAACCAUACUUGAUUGGGUUCACACAAAACAUAAGCCCAACCCCACUAUGGGUAGCACAAUAGAACCUACUCCUCAACAGUUUAAAGGUUAGAGAGUGCUCCAUUGCCUCUCAAGUCAUAGCAGAGAACAAGUCUAAGUGUUGGCCAAUGGAGGAAAGAGUUGAGCAAUGGAGAGGCUCUUUAAAUCAAGAUUGUUUGGCAGGCUACUAUUCACCUUAUGGAAUGCUAUCAAGAAAGCCUAAUCUAAAUACCAGCAGCCCCUGUGCUCAACAUUCUGAUAAUAUGGCUUGCCUGUCAGCAGGAAGCUAGAGGGACAUUAAGGGUGGUAUUUGUACCAAGAAUUAGACUGAGAAUGCAGCAAGAAAGCCCAAGAAAUCUUUCCUGCCAAUCACUAUGCACACAAAUUUGUGAUGGACCAAAGUAUCUGUAAUAACCUCUUUUAAUACCCUAUCCUUCACAAUGGGAGGGGAAUCACAACUCAGGGGCUGAGCAGGCAGUCUUUUGGCAGAAGGGCCCAGGUUCAAUCCCUGCAUUGGGGGUUCUCCAAUGGCAGGAUUGGAAAACAUCCUGACAUGGGAUAAGCAGCUGAAGGACUGUUAAAAUACAGAGAAAGCAUCAGUGCUGCCUGUCCUAUAGAAAGGAAGCUUGCCAUUAUUCAACAUGGUUUGGUCCAUGUUGGAAGAGGAGCCCGAGUCCAAUCCUUGGGUUCUGUAUGUAAUCUCUAAGAAAGAUUCCCAUUUGAAUCCUAGUUGAAUUGUUUCCCAGAAACAAUUUUUCAUGGAUGGAAUGCAGUGCCAUUAUGGCUAUGAAGCAACAGAGCAAAAUAAAGGGCAGUUACUCAAUCGGAUGCCAAGAAGUACUGAUAUAACUGUAAGCAGCUGGCUUUUGUACCUGCCAAGCCCCUGCUGCACCUUUCUUUUUAAUUAUUUUUGUUAAGCGAAAAAUGUGGGCGUACUUCCAAGUUCAUCUGCCGCUAUCUUAUGUGGGGCCCAGUUUGCAUUAAUCGCAAACAUCUCCUGAGGUCUUUCUCAACAUUACAUAUGAUCGUUGCAGUCUAGUGCUUUGUUUAGAAGUCCGUCCAUCUACUCAGAUACAGGAGAAGUGUUAAGUUGAUCUAGUAAAGUUGAGAUCAACUGAAUAACAGGGAACAGUUUCUCAGUUCACCCUGACCAAGGAAUAUUUUGAGUCUAGCCACAUUGACUGUGGCAGCCAUUUCCUAAAAAUACUCACAAUAUGCCAACAUUCCACAUGUGCCAACCAGCUGCAAACAGUUUGCUACUCUUGAUCUAAGAUUUUGUCUAUGUGCCAGAACGUCACAGCUUCAAAAGAAACAACUUGAUAACUUUAUUUUCAUUUUCUCCGUUCUUCCCAGCCAGCUAAAAGAUAUGACUCAAGGCACAGUGAAAUAUCUCAUUAGAGGCUAGUUGGGCCUACUCCUAUUUAGCUGCUAGAUCAUAAAGUGCGUUGCUCGCCUGAUUCUGCAAAUAUGUCAUUGAUUUAACAAAGUUCAUUAAAGAAAACCUUAUCAAUA